GGAGCCAUGUCAGAAGAUGCUUUCAGAGAGACACGUGUUUUUUUGAAGACAGCAGCUUUAAGAGUGUUCGAUCUUCCCCUCUCCUGGUAUUCCUCUCUAAUCAAGGUUAAGAUCUCACCAGGUCUGAAGAAACUGAUUGCGGUAACUGCAGUAAGUGCAAUAUCUGUGCUUUUUCUUGCUCAUCACUUCAAAAGAAAACGUGGGAAGAAAAAUAGGAAAGUACCUCCAUGGGAACCAGGCCGUAUAGUUUUAGAGUAUACAAAAACAGCUGUAUCAGAAAAAGAUUCCAGUUGCUCCAGCAGUAGACAAAACCUAACGCUCUCAUUGAGUUCAGCUAAAGAAAAAGGUUCUCAAUCCUGUAUAAAUGCAAAUGGAAGCCUCUUCAGUAAAUAUUCAGGAUCAGUGCAGAGUUUGGCCUCAGUACAAAGUGCCAUUUCCUGUCCUAGCUGUGUUUGUGUCAAUUCAAAUUCCUGGGACAAAGCAGAUGAAGAUGAUAUGAAACUGGUCAAUAUUCCAGUAACUACCCCAGAAAACCUAUACUUGAUGGGAAUGGAACUUUUUGAAGAGGCACUGCGGCGAUGGGAGCAGGCUCUUACUUUUCGUAACAGGCAAGUUGAAGAUGAAGCAAACUGCAGUUCCAUCAAACUUGGAGCAGGCGAUGCUAUUGCAGAGGAAAGUGUAGAAGACAUCAUUAGUGCUGAGUUCAUUCAUAAGCUUGAAUCCUUGCUUCAGAGAGCUUAUCGUCUUCAGGAAGAAUUUGAAACCUCCCUUGGGGCAUCUGACCCAGCUUCCUUUGCUAAUGAUGUUGAUAAAGGCACAGAUAUCACUGUGAAGGAUAAUACAGAUGAAUUCAGUCUGCGGGAUACAUUAAGCAUUGCCUCUACAGAUUCGUUCGUUUCAGCUGCAGAGCUUGCAGAGCACAAAGAGAGCCGAAACACCUACCAUCUGGAUUCCCUUUGCCAUUGCCCAUUAUAUGAAGAAGCAAUGCAGUUGGCAGAAGAGGGCAAGAUUUAUUCUCGAGUCUUAAGGACUGAAAUGUUGGAGUGCCUGGGGGACAGUGAUUUUCUUGCUAAACUCCAUUGUAUCCGACAGGCUUUUCAGGUAAUUCUCUCAGAUACUGCCAAUAGAUUAUUUCUGGCUGAAAAUGGAAGAAAAAUUCUGUCUGCUUUAAUCGUGACAGCAAGAAAGAAUCCAAAGAAGUUUGAGGAAGUCUUUGAUGAGAUGAUUUCCUUCUUAGAGCAAGCAGAUCACUGGUCUAUUACUGAAAUGGAGCUUGCUGCUUGGGGAGUGAAACAUUUAAAUUUCUAUGAUGUUGUUCUGGACUUUAUAUUUAUGGAUUCAUUUGAAGAUUUAGAAAAUCCACCUAUGUCUAUACAGAAUGUGGUUAACAACCAUUGGCUAAAUUCUUCCUUUAAAGAAACUGCUGUGGCUUCAAGUUGUUGGUCUGUUCUGAAACAAAAAAAGCAGCAAAUGAAGGUGCAUGAUGGAUUCUUUGCACAUUUCUAUGGUAUUUGUGAACAUAUUAGUCCUGUUCUGGCAUGGGGCUUUCUGGGUCCUCGAAACUCUUUGUAUGAGUUCUGCAGCUUCUUUAAGGAUCAGGUUCUUUAUUUCUUGAAGGACAUUUUUGACUUUGAAAAGGUGCGAUAUUCAACAAUAGAGAGUCUAGCUGAAGACCUAAUGCAACUGCUGAUUCAUCAUUCUGAUCUUCUUCUGGCCUACCUUGGAGCUGAAUCAUUGAGACAUGUUAGUGAUUGUGUAAACGAGCAUGGACAAAAAACGGCCAGCAACCUUUCGGAUGCAAAAGCACAAUAGGGUCCUUAAAAAACAACAACAUGUGAGCACAAUUCUUGCCUUUCUUUCCCUCAAGGAAUUGCUUUUCCUCCUUCAUUUUGAAUAAGUAUCAGCAAACCUACAAUGUUGUUAAAUAUGGACUCAGGGAGGCUUUACAAAUAUGGAAAUAACUGCUAAGAAUAUUACUGUAUAUAUCUGCAAAGGGCAUUUUGACUAUCAUUAGAUUUAUAUCCCAGUUUGGUUUUUUUAAGAGU